UGACAAAAGAGAAUCUCUCUCUCUUUAUUUUUUUUUUCAUUCUCUUUUGUUUUGUGGCUUUGAGAGCAACGACUCUGUCCCUUAUAAAACUGCCAAGCCACUAACACCUAAUCUUGGGAGAGGGACUUGGGAGCAAAAGAAAAGGGAAAGUGAUCAAAAUGGAAGAAGAAGAAGAAAAGAAUGCAACAUCAGAAGGGAUGGAAAUUCAGUAUUGUAGUACAAGAAUUAUGUCACCAGAAAUUGUGGAGAUAGUAGAGGAUAACAACAGUGUUACAACUAGCCGAGAAGACAGUGCUAACGACGUUUAUGUAGCUGUCGGAAAGGAUGACUUGGAUGUACUGAAAUGGGCUCUUGAUCAUGCUGUUUCCCCCGGUGCUCGGGUUUUUCUUGUCCAUGUUUUCCCUCCUAUCACCUACAUCACUACACCUGUUGGAAAAUUAUCAAAGAGCCAAUUAAGCAAAGAACAAGCCAGAGUUUACAUAAAUGAAGAGCAUAACAGGAGGAGGAAUCUCUUGCAGAAAUAUAUCCGCUUGUGUAAUGAGGCCAAGGUAACUGUGGACACAGUGCUCCUAGAGAGCAAUAUGACAGCCAAAGCAAUCCUUGAACUUAUUACUGUUCUUAACAUUACUAACCUCGUCGUGGGAACCAAACGAACACCUUGCUCAAGAGUGACAGGUGACUCUAAACCGAUGAAUUUGCGAUUUAACGGGUUGUGCUCAUCAUUCUUCAGGAGACUAGGGAAAAAAAUGGCAAAAGGAAAAUUUAUCAAGAAGAAUGCACCCGAAUUUUGUGAGGUGACCAUUGUUCAUGAUGGGAAGAAGGUUGUUGAUAAUCAACAGGUAAAAGAGCUGGUACAUUCAUCUCUGGCAUCCAGUCCCAGUAAACCAGAAAUUGCACGCCAAUCCGAAAAGAACUUCUUUGAGUGUGUGUGCUUUUCGGGCAAGUUCAAUUGAAAGCUUGAAACUGAUAUGUUAGCUUGAAAAUGAAUAUGGUGGUAUUUGCAGAAGGUACAUUUUUCAGAAUGGUUUAAUAGAAUAAAAAAUACUCUCCACACAGACGCACACACUGGAUAUACACAUUAUAUGCAAGAGACUUGAAGCCAUUUAUGCA